AUGGCUGAGAACAAGUACCUAACAAUCGACAAGGAUAGCUUUCCUUAUGUCUUUAUCAAGAAUAUCGAUAUCCCUCUCAAGACAUAUGAGAAGGGACUCCUUCGAGCAAAUGUCUUUUUGCCCAAAGAUGCGGCUCCCUUCGGAGAUAAGACAUACCCUGUUAUCGCUACGUAUGGCCCUUACGGAAAAGAUGUUCGAUAUGAAGUAUUCUACAAAAAGAGCUGGGAGCAGCUAAACCCUGACAUGAAGUCUACGCAUGCAGCUUGGGAGACCCCUGACCCCGCUUAUUGGACGAGCAAAGGUUACAUCGUUUUGAGGGUUGAUGAAAGAGGAGCUGGCCAAAGCCCUGGCCUCCUUGAUACUAUGUCUCGAGGUACAAGUGAGGCUUUCUUUGACGUCAUUGAGUGGGCUGCCGAGCAAGAGUGGUCAUCGGGUAAAAUUGGUCUUCUCGGAAUCAGCUACUAUGCCGGCACCCAAUGGAGAGUCGCUGCGAGAAAACCGAAGGGACUGGCUGCUAUUAUCCCAUGGGAGGGUAUGAGUGACUACUACCGGGACCGAGUCAGGCAUGGGGGCAUUCUUUCCGACAGGUUCAUUGAUUUCUGGUGGAACAAUGGAGUCAGUCCAAACCAGUACGGCAAGCCUGGCCGCAGCGCCCGAAACUGGGGCGAGGAUACUCUUGAAGGUGACCUUGACGAUGGGACCUUGCUCAAGAAUCGUCGAGAUCAGACAAUAGACACUGCCGUGCACAGGUUUCGUGACGAGGAAUAUUAUCGUACUCGAGACUUUGAUGUCGAGGCCAUUGAGGUUCCCCUGCUCAGUGUCGCCAAUUGGGGCGGCAUCCUACUUCAUCUCCGAGGAAAUGUCCUCGGUUGGAUCCGUGCGAGCUCCAAGUAUAAGUUUCUCCACUUCAUUGUUGGGAGACACGACUUGCCCUUUUAUUACCCAGAGUCAGCUGAGCUACAGCUAUCCUUCUUCAACUCCUUUCUAAAAGAUGACGAUACGGAUGGCUGGAAAUCUGGCAAGCAGCCACGGGUUCGUCUUACGUUACGAAAGGGAGAGGCUGGUGUUGAUGAUCCUGAGCGCGAACGAGGGUUCCCCAGUAGAGAUGAGGCAGAUUGGCCAUUGCCUGGGACCAACUACACAAAGUUCUACCUGACUUCUGAAAACGCAUUGAGCACGAAGCCGUCGUCGUCAAUCAGCACAAUCGAGUAUAAUGCGCUGAAUAGCGAGCCCAUUAGAUUUGCUUACAAGACCUCUUCUACUUUGGAAAUCACCGGCCACAUCGUCGCCCAUUUAACUGUAGCUGCAACUCGAAAUUCCGCUGAUGCCACUCCCCCAUCUGACAUAGAUCUUUUCAUCACCCUUCGUAAGAUCAACGCCAAAGGCGCAGAGGUCUUCUACACUGGCACCAUGGGCGACCCCGUGCCGAUCGUGAAGGGUUGGCAGCGAGUCUCUUUACGUAAGGUUGAUGAAAGUAACAAGUUGCACAAGGAAUAUUUGCCUUACCACAACUAUUACUCAUCGGACGUGCAGCCAGUCGAGGAGAAUCAGAAGUAUAAAGUGGAUGUUGAGGUCUGGCCUACAAAUGUGGUCCUUGAGCCUGAAGAGACUUUGGUGCUGGAGAUUGCUGGUCACGAUACUCAAGGUGUAGGGAAGUUCUCUCAUGAACAUCCGGAUGAUCGCGAUCCCAAGACUUUCGAUGUUGGAAAAUUUCAAUUACCCGUUGUUGUCGCGAAAGUGAAGACUGCUUUGUACGGUCCCCUGUCUAAGAUACCUGGGCCUGCUAUAGGACGGUGGACGAACCUAGUCGUCAAAUACCACACCCUGUCUGGCCGGCGCAUGCAGUACAUAGAUUCUCUCUUUACUCAAUAUGGCCCUGUUGUCCGCAUCAGCCCAACGGACGUUGGAAUCAAUGACCCUGAUGCUGUCAAAGUCAUACAAAAGGUAUCUGGUGGUUUCAAAAAGUCUGCUUGGUAUGACAAGACUGGCCCCGGCAUGCUCGGAAUGAGAGAUCGUGAAAAGCACGCCCGCCGCCGUCGAUUACUUGCGCAUCCCUUAAGCAACUCGUCUCUCCCUGUUUUUGAACCCCUGAUCCGUGCCAAAGUAGAUCUGUCAAUGAGUCAGAUGCAGAAUGAGUAUCAAAGCUUUGGAUAUACUGACUGCCAUAAGUGGUUCAGCUUUAUGGCCACUGAUAUUAUCGGUGAUUUGACAUUUGGGAGUUCGUUCCGAAUGCUUGAGCAAGGCAGAAGAAGUCAAUAUGUUGAGGAUCUCCAGGCUGUAAUGCCUACAGUCAACAAAAGGAUCGAGCUGUCUCCAUUCUUCGAUCUCAUGUUCUUACUUCCACUGCCUCAGGUCAAGAGAUUCUCAGAAAGAUUUCAGCGAAUUCUCAAAUAUGGGGAAGAAUCGAUUCGGCGUCUACAGCUAUCUCAACUAACAGGAUCACUCGACACGCCGAUAUUCUUCGAGAAGAUCAUGAAUCCAAAGGACAAAGCGAAUGUCUUGACAGACCUUGAGAUGCAGCAAGAAGCAGCAGAGCUCAUGAUCACAGGAACAGAUACGACCUCAAACACACUAACAUAUCUUGUCUGGUCCGUGCUGGAGAAUCCGGUAAUACGGACACGGCUUGAAGAAGAAGUGUCAACGCUACCUGAACACUUCAACGAUGCUGACCUCGUGAAAAUUCAGUACUUAAACGCGGUGGUUAAGGAGUCUUUGAGGCUGUAUGGAGCUGCAUCUGGGGCGCAUCAGAGGGACGUUCCAAAGGGCGGCUGGGAAACUUGUGGUUACCUGAUCCCGGACACCGCGACCGUUUCCACGCAAGCAUUCUCCUUACAUCGACUUCCUAACGUGUUUCCAAAUCCGUAUAGGUUUGACCCAGAUCGCUGGCUCAGCCCAACUGCUGAAAUGCAAGAUGCAUACAUUCCGUUUGGAGGAGGACCUCGAAUCUGCAUCGGCAUUCAUCUCGCUUAUAUGGAGCUUCGCGUCACUACAGCGGUUUUCUUUCGCAAGUUUCGAGGAGCUCAGGUUCAUGCAUCGAUGACUAAGGACGACAUGGAAUUGGAAAACUACACAUUGAUCGCUCCAAAGUCUCACAAGUGUCUCAUUACACUGUGA